GAGAUUCAUAUGUGAUUAUGCAGCUAGGAGCUGAAUUUGUGGGAACCUUCAUCCUAAUUUUCGCCGCAACAGCAGGUCCCAUAGUGAACCAGAAGUACAAUGGCGCCGAAACCCUAAUCGGCAACGCAGCCUGCGCCGGGCUGGCAGUGAUGAUCAUCAUCCUCUCGACGGGACACAUCUCGGGAGCCCAUUUGAAUCCCUCGCUCACCAUCAGUUUUGCAGCGCUUCGUCACUUCCCAUGGAAGCAAGUUCCCGGCUACAUUCUGGCUCAAGUCUCAGGGUCCAUUUGUGCUUCAUUUGCCCUCAAAGGGGUGUUUCAUCCUUACCUUUCUGGUGGAGUCACCCUUCCUUCUGUCAGCACUGGCCAGGCUUUCGUUCUCGAGUUCAUUAUCACUUUCAAUCUUUUGUUCGUCGUAACUGCUGUGGCUACGGAUACUCGAGCGGUGGGAGAGUUGGCAGGAAUUGCUGUUGGGGCUACUGUAAUGCUCAAUAUUCUGAUUGCAGGGCCAUCAAGUGGUGGUUCAAUGAAUCCUGUGCGAACUCUUGGCCCAGCCGUUGCAGCAGGAAACUACCAUCUAUUAUGGAUAUACCUAGUGGCGCCAACGCUUGGAGCCCUAGCUGGUGCCGGUAUCUACACACUGGUUAAGCUUCAAGACAACGAGGUUGAUCCAUCGCGUCCAGUCGUCAGAAGCUUCCGCCGCAACACAAGUAUGUCAGUCUGAGAAAUCAAGAUCAAGGAAGUAAUGUAUAAUUAUUCUAAGUAUUGUUGAACAAUAAAGGGAACAAAAGACUAGAAUGUCGUGCAGGCCCUGGAGUUGAAUUGAAUAAUUGUUGCACUUGGUGUGGGUGCUCAUUAUUCAUCAACUCAAACCAAAAUGUUUGUGAUGUUUAAGGAGUGUUUGGUCGGAAGAUGUUUAAUUUGCUUUUGUGUUUGUGUGCUGUGUGUUGUGUGAUGUCUUUUUAUGAUCAAUAAAGAGAACUAGUGUUGUUAUUGUGUAAA